AUGCUCGGUGGCGGGGCAGCGCCGUUCCGGCAGCGAGUCGGGAGCCCGAACCUCCCGGCGAGAGCGGCGUUUGCCGGCAAAAUGCGGCUUUUUGGGGGCUUGCGCGGGGGCGUGCGGGAAGGGAUUCGUGACUGCAACUUGUCCAUUCGCACGCAAAAGAACGAUGUUGCAAGAGCAAUUGAGUUACUGGAGAAACUGCAGGAAUCUGGAGAAGUACCAGUGCACAAGCUACAGUCUCUAAAGAAGGUGCUGCAGAGUGAGUUUUGUACGGCUAUCAGAGAGGUGUAUCAAUACAUGCAUGAAACCAUAACUGUUAAUGGCUGUCCCGAAUUCCGAGCCAGGGCCACUGCAAAGGCAACAGUUGCUGCAUUUGCUGCAAGCGAAGGCCAUUCACACCCACGAGUGGUGGAGCUGCCAAAGACUGAGGAAGGCCUGGGCUUUAAUGUUAUGGGAGGAAAGGAACAAAAUUCCCCUAUUUAUAUUUCUCGCAUCAUUCCUGGAGGAGUGGCAGAACGGCAUGGUGGGCUCAAACGUGGGGACCAGCUGCUUUCAGUUAAUGGAGUGAGCGUGGAAGGAGAGCACCACGAGAAGGCAGUGGAGCUGCUGAAGGCGGCCAAGGACAGCGUGAAGCUGGUGGUGCGCUACACCCCCAAGGUGCUGGAGGAGAUGGAGGCUCGCUUCGAAAAACUGAGAACAGCCCGGCGCCGGCAGCAGCAGCAGCUGCUCAUCCAGCAGCAGCAGCAGCAGCAAACUACACAGCAAAAUCAUAUGUCGUUGUUCUCAAGAAAGAAGAAGCCUCAAUCAAGAGUUCAGUAAUCAAGCAACCAGAGCUGUACUCUUGUAUUCCAGCAAAAGCAAACAACUACAGGAACAUGAAACAGAAUUCAUCUGGAGAAUGUACAGUACCAGGCUAAAGUGAGCCAUAGGGAGGGUACCAUCAUGAUAAGGCCUUUCAGCACACAGCAGUCACAGAUAGCUUUCACUUCUGUGACUGUUCCGAAUGAGAACAGCAUGAUUGGUAAACCCUAUGAAACAGCGAAGUCCAGGGCUUCCAAAUAAUUCUGUUUGAUCUCAUCUUGCACUCCUUACUCUGACAAAUUUCUAGUUGGCUUUCUCUAGUCACUGGAAGUUUUGUUUAAGGAGGUUAAGAUUGGCUGCUUUUGAAAGCAGGAUCUUUCUCUACAGUUAUCUCCAAAAAUGAAAAACAUCAGUUCAAAAUUUUGCCACAGACAUCAAACUCGUACAUCACACUUCAAAACCACUUUGUACUAUAUAUUGUAGAGCUGUUUUAACCUAACUUCCUAUUUAUAAUUUU